AGUAUGGAGGGAACAGACACGAAAGUUUGUACGUUUACCUUUAAGAAAAGAGGUAAACGGCAAAAUACAAGAAAACGACGGGCCAGUGAUAGCAAGGACUCUAGCAGUGAAGAUGACAGCGAAGUAGUUCGCAGAAAGAAAGGGACCAGCGGUCUUAUGGUACAAAAGACCAACCGAUUAAAAGCAAGAGAUGAUGUCAAGUACAGUAGCAGUGACAGCGAUCAAGAGAAGAACAGCAAUAUUGGAGUGUCAUAUAAGUCCAACAAGUCUGGUCAACGUGAUGGUCCCCAGGAUAUGGGAGCCACAGCUACCGUAGAAAUUGACACAGAAAAAGAUAAGGAUGCAUUAGCCAUUGCAGAGAGAGCAGUGCAGAUUAAUAAAGAACAAAGAGGUCUUGAGGAUGACAAAGUCUACAGAGGAGUGAACAACUACACCCAGUUCUAUGAAGUGAAAGACACUGCAUCAGGAAGUGCAGCAAACGCUGCCAAUAGGUAUGGUCCCAAGAGAGCCCCUGCCUUUCUGAGGUCAACCGUCAGGUGGGACUACCAACCAGAUAUCUGCAAGGAUUACAAGGAGACGGGGUUUUGUGGCUUUGGAGACAGCUGCAAGUUUCUUCAUGAUCGCAGUGACUACAAGCACGGCUGGCAGUUGGAGAGAGAGAUGGAGAAGGGAACAUAUGGGGAACAAGACCUGAGUAAAUAUGAGAUCAGUAGUGAUGAAGAUGAUCUCCCGUUUGCCUGUUUCAUAUGUAGAAAGACAUUCACUAACCCUGUCAUAACAAAGUGCAAACAUUACUUUUGUGAAAAGUGUGCAUUAGCCCAGUACAGAAAGUCCAAGAGGUGUUUUGUAUGUGGAACACAAACUAUGGGAGUGUUUAACCCUGCUAAAGAAAUAAUUGCUAAAAUGGAGAAGAAUAAAGAACGGGAUGAUAGUGACAGUGAUACACAGGAUAAUGAUAAGGGUAGUGAUAGUAACAUUCAGGGAGAUUUAAACCAGGUUGAGGGAGAAAGUAGUAGGGAGGCCUCUGAGGAGGAAGACUAGUAAUUGGAGAAAAAAAUAAUUGGAUGUGGAUAUUUGUACUGUUAAAAAUCCCAUUCUGCAAAGAGUACUAGUAUUUGAAAAAAAAAUGGAUGUGGAUAUUAUUCUGUUAAAAAAUCCCAUUCUGUGAAAUGUACAUAGCAACAUACAUGAGUCAAAUUUUUAUUCUGCUUACCAGAGUUUAAAGUAUGACAACUGUGACAAUUUUUUUGUAUUAUUUUGUACAUGAUCAUGUGUAAAUAAAAUCUUUAUUCGUAUGAUCUGGUCACAUAGUGCGCUCUUUAUGGUCAUAUGGACAAGAAAUAAUGGCUAUAAAAGAAAUGCAUCUGUAAAUGCAUGAAGAACACUAAUUUUAUCACUAUCAAAUUUGCACUUUUCAAAUUUAGUUCAAUAAAUGGAUAAUCUAAGUAUACAUUAACAAAGCAUCAAAAGGCAUAGUGGGAAGGGAGAAUUCUGGUUGCCCUAGUUUUUUCUGAAAAAUGCUGUUGUUGAGACAAGCACAGCUACUGCAAUAGAGACCACAUUUUGCUAAAGAGUUCUUCGUUCCAAUAUUUCCAUGUAAAAUAAUCACUCUUUU